AUGAUAGAACAACUAAAGAUACAGGACCCUGACACCGACCAGGUUUGGCGUCUCCUCGACAAUGCCGGUUUCAUAGAUAUCACAGAACAGCUCUUUGAGUCGGUCAGGGCCAUCAGCACCAACCAGGUGGUCAAGUCCCAGUACUUCGACCUACUCGAUGGAACCAGGGCCAUCGAAGUAUCUAACCCCAAACUCGACACUGGCCUUAUAAACUUACUGGAAGAAGAGGUUGCAUUCGACACUGGCUUGCCCCAGUCGCCCCAGUCAGUGGCAGCUAUUCACUCUAAGCUUCUUGGAUUGUUCAUGAGCUGGUUGAACAAUAGCUCGUUGCCAGUGACAGUGUUGAGCUGUCGUUACGUACAGACUCUCUUGACAAACUUCGAAAGACUGGCAGCAGACUCCAGUAUUUCUUUUGCCAAUAAGUGCUCUCUCGUAAAUGAACGCUUACCACUGAAAACAAGAGGAAAAGCAGAUGCAGAUGCCAGCCAGGGAAAAGAGUCUACGCAAGCCUACGUUGAACGCAUAAUGGUCCACAAAGUCUUGAAGUCAUUCAUAGUUGGUUUGUGCAAGUUCAUUGGAACCUGUCUUUACAUUUCCACCAACGUUCUCUACGAAGAGGAAGAUUUGACGACUAGAAAUAUGAACUUUGACUUCUUUCUGAACGUAGAUGCAUCCAUAGUCAUCAAAGAGUUACAAUCAAGCAUCAAUUGGUUGGGUAAGAAUAUCGAGGACAAGGCAGUCUCUUCUGUUUUGACCCAUCAGCUCAAUAUCAUCAUCUUCUUGAAUCAAAUCGAUUCGGUAUUCUACCUCCCCAUUCACUUGUUCAAGCAACAAAGGGACAUCUCAAGUCAAAUAGUCUUCCUCAAGGAAGCCUCAAAGUCAAUCGAAAUUGUUUCAUCUUACCAAAAUCCAACUGAGGUUCCCUCAGCAUCAUUUUCCAAGUUUGUGCAAUUGGAUCUUGAUAAUAAAAAUAUUCCCUUCGAAUUAUAUCAAAUACCCGAAAAAGAAUCUUGGGCUAAACUUUCGAGUAUGUUUGAGACAAUUCAUGCAUUUGUACUUAAAUCUUCUCAAUUUUCAAAUUUCAAUGAACUCAUGAAUUACUUGGUUAUUGACAUCGGACAUGACAUUCAGAACAUAGGAGUUAUUGCUCGAGGUGUUUUCCAAUUAUAUCUUAUCAGAGAUGACAAGUCGAUCUAUGGUGACCCGAAUGUUAGUUUGAAUACAUUUACGGUAAAUGCGAUUGACAAUGUGGUGGGUCAAUCAAAUACCCUCUUGAACUUAAAUGAGCUGGUGUUGGGUUCACUAAAGGAAGAAACAAAGAUUCAAAUCGAAGAGAGAUUAAACCAGUUGUUGAUCGAUUUGGAGUCUGGAAUGUACCAUAAUUUGACAGUGUAUGGUAACAAUCCAUGUCGCCAGCAGCAACUCAGAUCAAGAGGUUUAUUAAUAUGGGACAACCUUCAAGUUUCAUGGGAAUCAUUCGAAGUAGAGAUGCAUCAGCUUUUUAACAUUGGUAAUGAUCUUGUUGGAGGAGAGAUUGCUUUACCAAUCAGCUCGUUUGUAUACUAUUCUAAGUUACAGAUGAUGAUUGAUCUCGCAUUAGGAGGUAUUGAUUUGGAUAUCUACAAAAAUUUUGAGUUGUAUUUGAUCUACUGGUACUCAUCUUACCUAAUUCAACUCUUGAUCGAACAUGUGCAGGGAAGAGUUAGUCAGGUUUUGAUAGGGAAAGCUCAUCAAAUUGAGAAAGUGAUUCCUAAGAAGAUCAAAAAGGUUAAAGCAGGACCCAAAAAAGAACAACUCAAAGCGUCCAAUCAAUACAACCAUGAAGUUAUUCUUCCAGAGAUUGACAGAACCCAAAACUACCACUCACUUUAUUUGAUUCCCUCAUUGAUAGCCCUUAAUGACUUGCUUGAGGCAAGUAGAAUUUUCAUGAUCGUAUUGUCCUCGUUCAAUCUCAUAGACUAUUUACAAGGCCCUAAAAACUCGUUAACCAAGUUUGAAAACUUAUACAACUUGAGACUCAAGCCUUGGUCAUCGAUUGGAGUUCCUAGCCUUCCUACUUUCAAGCAAUAUCAAAACUCACUUGAUGUGAAGUAUUUAUCGCAAAAGCUGAACUAUACUCCAUUACUCCGAAUCAUCGAAGAAAAGUUACAAUCAAGUAAGGUUGCCCAUCAACAAUUGUUGAAGGACAUCGAAGAGAACGACACUAUCAAGGGACAAUUUGCGAACACAACUGAUUCCAUGACCAAAUGGUACAACGACUUGAUCAAAGUGAGUAUUGGUCACUCGGUGGAAGUGAAGAAGUUGGCUAAAUUGAUAGAAUCUACCGAGUUGAGCGAGAUCACUCCAGAAAAGUAUUCCCUUGAGGUUUCCCAAGGCUACCACAAGUACUUUCCUAAGAUCAUUGUUGAAGAAAAAUAG